CCCAACCUAAAAAUAAAAAUGGUGGAUGUUUAUGUUUACAUUUAAGAUGUUUUUAUUAUUAUUAAAUUAAUAUUUUAAUUAUUGUUAAUACAAAUUCUAUCAAAAUGAGUAGCGGGUUGGAUAAGAAUCAAUUGGCGGCGGUACUGCAAGUACUGAAAAAGUACAAUUUGAAGGGCACUGAAGAAUCCCUUAGAAAAGAAGCAAACUUCUCCGAAGACAUCGCAGAUCAAGAUUCAGAUGUUAGUAGCGUGCUGACUGGUUACAAAAGCGACGGAGACCCUGACACCUACGUACUCUCUUACAUGGAACUGAAACGCUUUGUAGAAAACUCUUUAGAUAUCUACAAACAUGAACUAGGAAUGAUCCUCUAUCCAGUUCUCGUACAUAUGUAUUUAGAGCUGGUAUAUAAUGGUCACAGCGAUGAAGCAGUCACUUUGAUGAGAAAAUUCGGUCCAGAACAGGACUUUUACUAUCAAGAUGAUUUAAGAAAACUUGCAAUGGUUACCCGACGCGAGCACAUGAACGGUAACGAACUUACAGACACUUUCAAGUCUAAUCAGUUCAUUAUCAGAAUGUCUAGAGACACUUUAUCUUUAUUAAAGCGACAUUUGAGUGACAAAAAGGCCUCAGUACUUUUGAAUAUCGUACAAGAACAUUUGUACUUUGACAUGUACGAAGGAGUAGCAAGAAAUAAGACUCAAAUCGAUGCAACUUCAGGUGCAGUAGGAGGCGAGGCAAGACGACAAGAUAACAAAACAAAAGUCUACUAUGGCAUACCAAAAGUGCCUGAUAUUCAGAUUUUAUCUGCACCAGUUGACGAAGAAGAAGACAAUCAGGACAAUCAAGACAAUCCUGACAAACCAAAAAAGAAGAAGUCAAAAAAAGACCCGUUGUUGUCUAAAAAGACAAAGUCUGAUCCUAAUGCCCCUCCAAACGACAGAAUACCUGUGCCUGACUUAAAAGACAAUGAUAAAAUUGAAAAGUUGAAAGCUUUGAGAGAAGCUUCCAAGCGAGUCAACUUGACUACUGAUAAUUUGCCUUCUUGUUGCUGCUAUACUUUACUUAAUGCCAAUCAUAGUGUUUGCUGCGCAGAAAUAACUGAAGACUCGAGCAUGUUAGCCGUUGGCUUUAACGACUCUAUAAUCAAAGUGUUCACGCUGGUGCCUCAGAAACUCAAAGCGAUGAAAUCGGCCGACAAGCUUAGUGACGUCAAUAUUGAAGCUGAAGAUGUUUUAGUUCGGAUGAUGGACGAACGUUCUGGUGAGAGUUCAAGAGCUCUUUGCGGUCAUAACGGAUCCGUUUACUCCGUAGCGUUUUCGCCCGAUAGGACUUUGUUGCUGAGCUGUUCUGAGGAUACGACGAUCAGAUUAUGGAGCCUUCAAAUCUGGACUUGUCUGGUAGUAUUCAAAGGCCACCUGUUCCCCGUUUGGGACGUGAAAUUCUCGCCACAUGGAUAUUAUUUUGCAUCAACUUCUUAUGACCGAACUGCCCGGUUGUGGGCCACCGACCAGCACCAACCGCUCCGUAUAUUCGCCGGUCAUUUUUCUGACGUUGAUUGCGUCCAGUUUCAUCCCAACGCCAACUACAUUGCUACGGGAUCAAGCGACAGGCGAGUUUGCUUGUGGGACUUGACAACUGGUAAUCACGUUAGGUUGAUGACCGGUCACAAGCGGCCCAUACAAACGCUGGCUUUUAGUGUAUGCGGUAGGUUUUUGGCGUCCGCUGGUACAGAUUGCAGGGUGCUGAUUUGGGACUUGUCGCACGGUCAUUUGGUAGCUGAACUGACCGGACACGAAAAGACCAUUCACUGUUUGGCCUUUAGCAGGUGCGGUAACGUUUUGGUUUCAGGUGGGUUGGAUUGUACGGUAAAGUUGUGGAAUUUUACCAAAUUGACCGAAGAAACUAGUUCGGAAGACGUAAACAUUUCUCAUAAUCCAGACGUCAAGACUGGAGAUACGUAUUUGGUCAGGACCUUCCAGACGAAGAAUUCGCCUUUGAUUAAUUUGCACUUUACCAGGAGAAAUUUGAUGAUUGCUGUUGCCGUUUUUGACGGUAUGGCAACGUAGGAUGUUUGAUUGCCACUGUUGCCAAGUUGUGAGCAAUUUUGUCAACUGAGUAAAUUUUAUUCCAAAUGUAAUCUUAAGUAAGCUUAAUAUUAAAGUCUCAAUUUCCUACAUGUAUUUACGAUUUUUCCUUAUUUUCACUAAAUUAUUCAUACAUAUACAGUCAUAAGCACAAAAAGUGGGACACCCGUUUUUUUCUAUUGUGAAACGGGCUCACCAGCUAUACCUAAAGCCUAGUACUCAUAACUGCGAAAUUCGCAUUUUUUUGACAUUGCUUCGACAAUUUGACGUUUGAUACACGCAUAAGACGUCAGAUUGUCAACGCAAUGUCAAAAAAAUGCGAAUUUCGCAGUUAUGAGUACUAGGCUUUAGGCAAUGACAGGGAUUGUCAUAUUUGUCAGAAAAUCGAUUGUAGAGAAAAGACUGAUUAAAGCCUGCUAGUACUCAUAACUGCGAAAUUCGCAUUUUUUUGACAUUGCGUUGACAAUUUGACGUUUUAUGCGUGUAUCAAACGUCAAAUUAUCGAAGCAAUGUCAAAAAAGUGCGAAUUUCGCAGUUAUGAGUACUAGGCUUUACGCAGAAUAGCGAAAAAUGACAAGACCUGUCAGUCGGGUGUUCCACCUUUUGUGCUCAUGACUGUUCAUAAAUUCCUUUUUAUCUCCUGCUAUUUCUAAGAAAUAUAAUUAUUUGUUGGACCAAAAAAUGUCGCAAUUUCCUUGAUCAUUGAGAUCCGGCUAGUGCGGAAAAUUGAUUUUUCUGCACGGCUGUAGACAAACUAUUGCACCUUACAGUUGCUGCUUCACCGAACGACGCGGCAAACAUUUUCCGCACUUGUUAGGUUUUUCCAGAAACCUUUUAAUAGCUAUAUUUAAUAAUAAAAAUUUUAAUUUG